CACACGGGCCCCAUGCUGUGGGUGGCACUUUUCCUGAUGAGCAAGAUGUCGCGCAUCUUCAGCCGGUUCGUGCUGCUGGCGGUGGGCGCCCUGUACCCCGCCUACCUGUCAUGCAAGGCUGUGCGCGCACGCAGCCCCCGCGACUACGUGCGCUGGAUGAUGUACUGGGUGGUGUUCGCCGCCUUCCUGUGCGUGGAGCCGCUGACCGACGUGCUGUUCGGCUGCUGCCUGCCGCUCUACGCCGAGCUCAAGAUCGCCUUCGUCUUCUGGCUGCAGUCGAGCAGCACGCGCGGCGCCAGCCUGCUCUUCCGCAAGCUGGUGCUGCCCGAGUUCACCAGGCGCGAGAGCGACAUCGACGCCCACCUCGGACAGCUGCACACCAGGGCCUCUCAGGUUGGUGCGUCGACCAUUCGCUUGAUGACCCAGACAGUUCUGCACACGGUGUUCAGCCACAUUCGAGAAAACUACAGCGUAGCCGACCUCGUGUCGUCCGACCUGAAGCUGAGCCUCUUGGAGCCGAUUGAAGGAUCGUCGUCCCUCGAGGACCCCUCGGAGAUGGCGCUCGGAGACCAGGGAGGACGGCGCAGGACGCUCCGGCGGGCUGAGGAAGAACCCAAGAAGCGAAAGCUCCGCACCGCCUAGGGAACUCCGUGGACGAGCAGACGUUGUUUAAUUCCCUUCCUCGGUGCUUGCGAAAUCACUGUGCCUCACGAGAACUUAGUGUCGUGCUUGAUGAGCGUAUGAAAUUUUGGACUCCAAAAUCGGCUCUACGGGAUUUUACCUUCUUUUAGCUAGAAGUGGUUCUACGGUACUAAAUUGCUUCGCUGAGAGGCAUUGGGUCGCACAGUCCCCCUAAAAUGACACUAUGCUGAGGCACAAGGUGUUGUCAUUUGGACCAUUCGCAUGCCUCGAAGUUUGUUAGACGUCCAUGAAUACAUCAUCAAGCAGCGCACCAGUUAGCAAAACAUAUAGAAGAAACCUUCAUUCUUCGACUUGUUGGCACACGAGUGUCUUGGGAAUAAAAUUUGUCACCACGUCUGCUCUCCCCAAACA